GCCGCCGCCCCCACAAUGCGCUCUCGAGCUCGUUCCCCAGCCAGGCGCAUGCGCAGCCGGGAGCGGAACUGUAGGAGACCGGAACUUGGGUGGCGGGGUCGGGCGGACUGUAUUGCGGCGCGGAUCGUUCCCGCUCGGAAUCGGCGGGCGGUGGCGGCUAUGGCGGGUUGGGUUGCGCUGAGGCUGUUAGGCCGUGAGGUGGCGGCGGCGCGGCUGCUGGCUGGGGUCCCGGGGCAGGCGGCGGCGGCGGCGGCUGUCGUCACUGGGCGCAGGGGACAGUGGUGCUUUCUGGUCAGGCAUAUUAAUAGCACCACCUGGUGGAACGAACAUCUUUCUAAAGAGAACGUCGAAUUCCUUAAGAAGAUAACUUCAGAGGAAUACAAAGCUCAGACAGCUAGUAAACUCUGUCCCCUGAAAGAUGAGCCAUGGCCACUGCAUCCCUGGGUGCCAGGUUCCAAGAGGGUUGGUCUUAUUGGAUUAAAGCUGGGAAUGAUGCCCUUAUGGACCAAGACCGGUGAAAGACAUGUUGUCACAUUGCUUCAGGUACAAGACUGCCAUGUUAUAAAGUACCAACCAAUGGAGGAAACUAAUGGAAAAACUGCUCUUCUACUAGUUGGAGGGAAAAAUGCAUCCCCUUUUUAUAGAUCGGAGUCUAGGCACAAGGUUUACGAAGAAGCUGGAGUACCACCAAAGCAGAAAAUUUCAACUUUUAAAGUGUCAGCUAAUGCUAUAAUUAAACCAGGUACUCCUUUGUAUGCUGCUCACUUCCAACCAGGACAGUUUGUGGAUGUCACUGCAAAAACAAUCGGUAAAGGCUUUCAAGGAGUCAUGAAAAGAUGGGGAUUUAAAGGCCAGCCUGCCACCCAUGGCCAAACUAAAACACACAGAAGACCUGGGGCAACAGGAACUUGUAAAGUUAGCAGAGUUUUUCCUGGAAAGAAAAUGCCUGGGAGAAUGGGUAACAUCUACAGGACAGCUUUGGGAUUAAAGGUGUGGAGGAUCAAUACAAAACACAACAUCAUUUUUGUAAAUGGUUCUGUCCCAGGUCACCGAAAUUGCUUGGUAAAGAUCAGAGAUUCAAAUCUGCCUGCACAUUGUCUUGAAAAUCCUCCAUUCCCCACAUUUUUUGCUGAUGGAGAAGAGCAGCUACCAGAAGACUUGUAUGAUGAGGAUGUUUUCCAGUUUACUGAUACAUCUGUCAUGUAUACCUAGUGCUGUUGACAUUGUCAGGAGCAUGCAGGAGUCAUGUUUUUUUUCUGUGAAUUUUGCUGUGCUGACCAAUAGUAGGCAGGAAUUACAAUUUAGCCAAAUGACCUGAAUAUUUCAAGGUGUUUUUGUCAGGCAGGAAGAUCUGCCACCACCUGUCCAAGAACUGUAUUAAAACAGAAGGUGGUCUUAAGUAGAAGAAUCUGAGGGAUGGAUUGCAAAGCAGUGGUUGUACUUCUGACCUAACCUUUCACAUUAAAAAAAUUGCUUUUGCAACAUUCCUUUGCAAGCUGCCAAGAUUUAAAUGUAACUCCAUUGUUUUGAGAUCAUGUAGGUAACAUGAACUGAUUGAAGUUGAAACAAUCCAAUGGAGCUAAAUUGUAUUUUUCUCUUAUGGGAAGUGUACUGACUAAUUUUGAUAAAUAAAACAUAAAAUGUGUUAACUAUCACAUGCUUUCAUUGGAAAGACGAAUUUAAGACUUCACAAAGAAUGACUGAAAAAUUUGAAUAGGAUAUGAGGGGGAAAAACAAUCCGUCUUCUCAAGAUGUUUUAUCACAGUUAAGAAUGAUGUGGUUGUGGUGGUGUAGUCUUUAUUCCUGUUUCAUUGGCAUCUCUCAUGAAAACACUCUUUUUUAAUACUGUGUGUUUAGAGCAACAACAAUAUGUAACAGUCACGGUUCACAGAGGUGAAACAUCAUCCCAUUUAAAAUAUCUUACCUGUAUCUGAACCUACCCAUGAAAUUCAUUGACUGUAUUUUGUAUUUGUUGUAUGAUAGUCAAAAGGUUAUAUUAUUUUACACAAAUUAGACAUGCACAGGAAUUAUACUGGACUGGGAGAGAUGCUACUGGUAGUAUUAAAGCACAGCUGACAGGGAUGUGAACUGGUAAUACACAUACUGUUGAAAAGCCUUGUAGGCUGGCUUUAUGUGAGCAAAUGUAUCUACAACUGCAAAUUAGGGCUACCAAACAAGUCUCAUCUUACUACACUUCCUUCCCCCAUUGGCAAAUGAAAUCAGGUUAGUCAGUGUUUUUAGGCCAGUACCUAGGAAAUACAUUAUGAACAAGUGAGCAGCAGUUCUUUUCAUGAUGGAAUAAUUUUUAAAUCAUUUAUUCCAGUGCAUCUUAACUCUCCAGGAGAAAGUGGUGAUAUAUAGACACAUCCAUAGGCAAUGGAUAUACUACUGGUAGAUGCAACUUGACUCCUGUUGGUAUUGUUUUCUGAGGGUAGAUCCCUCAAUAAUUUUUAUAAAACCGCACAAGUUUUUAUAAAAUUUAAAGUGUUAUGUUUUAUUGCUUUUGCAUAGCAUGUGAAAAAAAGCAAUUUAAUAAAAGAAUCAUCUUUUUUAAACAAUAAAUUAUCAGAGUUUAGCCCAA